UUUAAAGUUGAGCUCAAUCGUGUAUUUGUUGCCUUCAGCUCCAUGACUUUCUUCUUGCGAUAUUCAUUAUUAACCCUUCUCAAACUAUUACAAUGGGCACCUCUGCUGGCGACCCUGGAUCCGUUCAGUUCUGUUCGGACCAUCGACGGAGACUCUGCGGUCCUCGAGAGACACAAUAACUUCCUGUGGCCAAACCCUCCAGCAAAUUAUCUUGCCGCCGGAUUUGCCUCAAGCAAUAGAAGCAGUCGUAUUUCCGCUAAUGACCACCAUUCUCCCCCGUCUUCCUCCACUCUCACAUAUGCACUCUUGAUCUCCCAGCACAAACACUAUUUUUCAAAUUUUGUGGACUCUCUAGCUCUGUUGUACUCUGACCAGUUGACUUAUUUUAACAGCGGUUUUUGCAGCAUCCUGGUCUUGGUUGCCCUCAACUUUGGUCUCAUAUGUCUCUAUCCUGUUACUCGCCUCCAGUCUAAAAACAAGAUUCGACCGGUACUCCUAUCGUGUGGUAGCCUCGAAACUAUCUUUCCUAGGGAUAGCGAAUAUCCAAGUGCAGCUAUUUCGCGCGAGCUAUCUGGGACCGGCGAAUCUACAGAUGGGACGGAGAGUGUAUGCGUCACUCCCGACCAAGAAGCGUACAACGGCGAUCCAGGUUUUCUUGCUACACAACAAUACAUUUUGCGAGCUCCCAACAAACGUACCUUACACGAGGAUCUGGAGAGUCCCAAACUUAUGGGUGCAGCCUCACACCUAUAUAACAGUCGAUAUGUACUGCCACAUGAAACAACUAGCAAUCAUAGUGAUACCGAACGCACACCGAGUCAAGAGUCUGAGUCCUGCGAUAAUCCAGCGUCCCUGGACGUCCCACCUUCCCUCAAAUCGUCGAGCUCUGCGGGUUUUGAACUUAACAUCCACAAUAGUAAGCCCCAGGACCCACGCCAACCCUCACGCCUGGCGCAUCUCGUCCGUAACUUCCCGCCACUAGCUGAGGCUGUAUCUCAUGAAAAAGCAAUACCCCACGAUGCGCAUCGGCCAGCUCGCAAGCAUGAUGGUGCAACUCACCAUGGCGACCUCCAAAUGACUAUACCUGCAAGGCCCAAUCAUGACGAACACCUUUCCGUUUCAAGUAGCCAAGCUUCUUUUUCAUCGAUGGUUUCCCGAAAGCGAAGCUGGUCUUAUGCGACUGGGAUCGGUGUCGAUUUCGAGGAAGACAGUGAUUCAAGUUGCGAGGAAGGAUCUUUCUGCAGCGAGUCGCCAGGGGAUCAAUUGGCUCUCGGAUUAUCUUCACCACAAUCCAUUGACAAGAACGAGAAUCACGUCACAUCCUGUCUUUCACAGUCAACGUCCAGACGCGAUAAUAUACUAGGGUGCGGCUCUUUUUGUGAUUCGGAACCCACAGCUAUGCCAUUCGAUAUGCACCGCCGCAGUGCCAGCACGCCGGUCCCUUCUAGCCGGGGCAAUGAACAUUCAUCACAUGGACUUGUCGCCACCGAGGUUAAACAGGGCGACAAUCCGUCAAGUGGAACAGAACAUAAAUUUGAUGGACCAGAUUCAUUCUGGGAGGCAGCUGUGCAAGAGAGAUUGAGAGUCACCGCCACCUUUACGACUUCAGAGCCGCUCAAACCGAAGGGUGCCAGGACAACAUUUGAUCUGUCUCAAACUGCCGUCACUGAUAACGACCAACCCGACAAAAAUAUUUCGAGCGGGUCCGCGGCUCGCUCGCCCCCCUGGUCUAUUGUUGCGCAAAAGAAACUGUGUGUCCAGACUUCACCGCAACAGUUCGAUUCCGGCGAAACACAGGAUCAGCCCCCUGACGACAAUGUUGUACCAAAGUCGGGGACGUCGGGGUUGGCUUCCAAUCAAGCUGACAGUUUGACCCUACGUUCAGGCGCUUAUGCGAAGUAUGUUCCCCCGCAACGGCGUGUGGCCGGCGAGCUUGUCUAUACUGUCUCACAGCAGACAAAACCCACGUCGCGUCGUUCGGAGCGCAUGAAAUUUGGAUUUUCGUCGCCUAUGUUGGAAACCAGAUCUCAUUCGUCUACCUUGUCUCCUUGGAGUCCGUUCGCACCACACGAAUUUCUCUCUCCCACUUCAGAAGCAAUCGCGUGGAAGCGUGGUGCGCUUUACUUGGCAAAUCCUCCACCAAACGAAUUUGCACAUAUUGAUGAAAUCGGAAACGAGAAAUCUUGGUAUGCAAAAACUAAUUUGAAGGCGGCAGACCCAGACGACUGGUUGUUAGGCAACGUUACGGAGAAGCAUGUUGGGGGAAAACGAACAGUGAAGGAGGGAUAUCAAGUAGAUGCUCAUACAUCUCCGCAGCAGCGCUGUCAUGGCCUGUGGAAGAACGGUCACCGUCGAUGUGAAACAUGAUGAAGAUGAAGCUUUCCCCCUUGAAUGCUACGUGAAUUUUAAUGUUUUUUUUUCUACGUAUUUGAUUUGUCCAGUGACCAUAUGGUAGUUUUGAUAGUUGUGGACUCGUGCUGUGUCAUAGGUGACAUUCGGCUAUAGGCGUUUCCAUUCUACGUCAUUAUGCCAUGUCCUAC